UUACGUCAGCUCCUGCAUGAAGGACUUUUAUUUUGAAAUGCCGCUUUCUGCCAGCUAGCAAGUUUCUGAAAAAAAAAAAAAAAAAUCCUCGGAUAUUUGUGAGGUGAUUAAAUAUCUUCAGUAAACGCGGACUAUUCUGGAUGCCAGUGAUAUUAUAAUCCAUAAUACAAAUAAUAAUUAUUUUCAAUUCCGUAACAGCGUUCCAGAGACACCGCUGUCAGAUUAGACCAAUAAAUAAAAGUUGUUCUGAUCUGUUUAAAAUUAGCUGUUAGCGGAUUAGCUUCAGUCUUGGCUGUUUUACACACAGCAGUGUCAUUGCAGAUCCUGUUCAGAAACGCCAUGAAACUCUACAGUCUGAGCGUCUUGCAUAAAGGCUCAACGAAGGCCAACCUGCUGAAGGCGGCGUACGAUCUCUCAUCAUUCAGUUUCUUCCAGAGAUCCAGUGUACAGGAGUUUAUGACGUUCACCAGCGCGCUGAUUGUUGAGCGUUCAGCAUUAGGAAGCCGUGCAUCUGUCAAAGAGCAAGAGUACUUGUGUCACGUGUACGUGCGAAAUGACAAUCUCGGUGGUGUUGUGAUCGCAGACAGUGAAUAUCCCUCCAGAGUCUGCUUCACUUUACUUGAUAAGGUGCUGGAUGAGUUCUCCAGACAGGUGAACAGUAUAGACUGGCCUUCUGGUUCUCCGGCGACCGUUCAGUACACAGCACUGGACAGCCAUCUGGCUAAAUACCAGAAUCCACGCGAGGCUGACGCUAUGACCAAAGUGCAAGCAGAACUGGAUGAAACCAAAAUUAUUUUGCACAGCACAAUGGAGUCACUUCUGGAGAGAGGAGAGAAGCUGGAUGAUUUAGUUCAGAAAUCUGAGCAUCUGGGAAACCAAUCAAAAGCCUUUUAUAAAACGGCACGCAAGCAGAACUCGUGCUGCGAGAUCAUGUGAUCGCGUCGAAGUCUCUGAUUGGACUGGACUCUUCGGCCACCUCUCCUCUCUGGUUUUCUAUUUUCCCCUCUUUCUCUCUGUCCUGGUGUGGGCUGGUGCUUUUAUCACGCAGCAGUCAUAGCGAAUACACGAGAGGGCCGAUCUGACGGUAUACAAUAACGGGCUCAGAGGGGGCUGAUUUCCCAUGAUGCACCACAUUCACUCUGUCAUCGGUUUUCAUGUUGUGUGAGAACUUGGAGUUCUUCUUGACGGUUCCUCAGGGUCUGGCACAAGCUCAAAACGGAUCCGGAUAAAAGCAUAGAGGGGCUCGAGUCAAACGUCCCCGCUGUGCCUUACUUUAGACGCAGGAGUGUUGUUAUCAGACUGUUGAAUUAGCCUUAUCAACGGAGGACAUGCGAGUGAAAAUGCUGCAGUCUCUGUAUUUAGACUCAUUAUUCGGCUUUGGCAGUUUUGAAGCGCCUUGUAGAGUGAACAUGUAGCGUGAAUUCUUUUUAAAUGUGAAAACGGUAAAUAAUGUGUUAAGUAUUGAUGUUCAUAACGUUCGGAUUCUCAAUAUUGUGUGUAAGUGACUGACCAAAUUAAAUGUUUCAGAGUCUGUUUGUGCACAAUUCUAAUGCUUUUUUCUCUUGGAAAUGUAAAUAAAUUACUGAAUCGUAUUGGC